AUUAAGGAAGAAAUCAAUAUUGUGAGAUGCUUUUGGAGGAAAACAGAAAUGAGCUACUAUAGUGAUUAUAAAGCAUUGUUGAAACUUUUUAUAACGUCGCAGAAUGAUAAAAAGUCAAAUACCACCUAAGUGGUUGAGGAAAACUGCAGCGAAAGUCAAUAUUGUAUCAACGAAAAUUAUCUAAAUACUUAAACAGUGGGGAAAACUCGCAAACACUUUUGCGUUAAUGAGAAAAUAAAUAAAAUUAAAUAAAUAACCAAAGCUCACCUGUGGAAGUGAAAAUCACAAACAUCGUUGAUUGAUAAUUAUAGUUUAGUGCUUUGUAGCAUAAACUUCGAUAUUUUCGUCCUUCAAAGUUAAAAUGAAAAGGCAGUGAACAAAAGGAAGAAAUGCUUUAUGGGCUUGGAUAAUGAAAAAAGUUUCUCACCUGUAAUAAUGAAUGAAAACGACGAUGAAAAAAUUUCUAAAGCUCCAACUACUCCUAACGAGUAUCAAAAAUCAAAUGAGAAUGAAGACGCCUCGCUUGGCUCGCAAAAGGUGUAUAAAAAGACAUCGUCAAAUCAAUUAUUAACAUUGUACUUAGGUACAAGAGAGCUUGUUUCACGCGCAGGUGUUGUUGAUCCCAUCAAAGGAAUCAUCUAUAUUGAUCCCAGAGUUAUUGAAUCAAAUCAAAAGGUUUACUGUCAACUGACUCUUACAUUUAGAUACGGACGGGAAGAUGAAGAAGUCAUGGGAUUAAAAUUCUGUAACGAAGCAAUCAUUGCAUUGCAGCAAGUAUGGCCAAAAAUUGACACCGAACAACAGUUCGACUUGACUCCACUUCAGGAAGCGUUGAUUGAACGCUUGGGAAGGAAUUCUAUUCCAUUCAUGAUUGAAAUUGGUUCCAUCACACCGCCAAGCGUGCAACUUCUACCCGCAAAACGUUACACGGGGGCACCCAUUGGUACAAGCUACGACAUUCGCGUUUAUACAGUUCCAACAGCUGAACAAGCUGACGAGAGAAUACAAAGACGAUCAACUGUAAGACUGGGUAUUAGACUAAUUCACAAAAUAUGUCCGGAGAUAAACUUAUCGAAUGAACCAUCCCAACAACCAACUGUGCCACGCUCUCUACGACUUCGACUAUCACCAAAAGCACGAAAGUUAAUUAAGCAAACAAGUUUGAUAAUACAUGGAAGUAAUAGUGGCACAAAUACAAAUUCAAAUGGAAAUGUAAAAUCGAUUGUGGAAACGGAUGUUGUCGAUAGUCUCAAUCGGGGGCCUCAAGGAUCUGUUGACAAGCCUUUCUUAUGGACUGAAGGGCGAGUGAACCUCAAAGCAUCAUUGAACAAGUCGGCUUAUACACAUGGGGAGAAUGUGAAUGUAACAAUUGAUGUGAAAAAUGAUAGUCGUAAAGUUGUAAGAAAGAUUCGGGUGAGUUUUAAUCUUCUUAUAAAAAUAUUUGCUGUCCAACAUGUUGAUGUAUGUAUGUUCAGCAACGGUAAAUUUAAGAAUAUUGUAGCUGAAGUUGACGUCAGUAAACAAAUCGGUUCUAGCGAAACUUUACAUGGCGUUUAUUCGCUUCUUCCAAUUCGAGGUUCGACAAAGAAUUGGAUCGCAGUCGAGGGAGCUUUGUUUAGCACGAGUAACUAUGACACUUCAUUGGCAGCCUUAAACUCAAAGUUAGCUUCAAGUGCACCUAGAGGUAGUACAUACACGCCCUUCCAAUUAAAUCCACAGCCAUCUCAAUCAUCAUCACAGACGCCAAUCGAUGAGAGGAAUGUCUUUGCUAUUUAUGUGUCAUAUUAUGUGAAAGUUAAGUUAUCAUUAAGUGGAAUGGGCGGUGAGGUAACGUUGAAAUUGCCUUUUGUUCUUGGUGACAUCGAAGCAUCGGGCGAAGCUACGGUUGACAAAAAUAUUCAGCCAAAUCAUUCAAAUGAUUUACAUUUGAAUGAUCAUCAAACUUUAAACGAUAUUCGAAGGCCAAAUCUUGAUCGAAGUGAAAGCUUAAGUGAAACAAAAUAUGACGAGAAUGUUUGUGAAUCAGCUUUUUCACGUAAUAGCAGCGUUAACUGUAAAAGCAUUGAUUAUGACGAUGUUAUGGACAUGGUUACGGAUAUGAGUAUGAACAACGAAGGAAUUGAUUUUAUAAACCAAAAAUUCAGUGAAAUGAAUCGCAGGAAUUCCGAACAUUCAACUGACUCGAGCACUUCCGAAGUAGAUGAAACAGAAACUAAUAAACAGGAGACAAGCGUGAUUAAAGCGCAAGUACAUUGCCAAAAAUAUUUGGAAAGCGAUAUUUAAUUUGAUGAAUUAUAGAUAAAAUAUUAUUGUUGUAUCUAUUUAGAUUUUUAAAGAAAAAUGAUGACAUUUGUAAAUGAGAUCAAGUGGAAAUAUUUGUAGCGAUUUAUAAUAUUUAAAUGCUUUGAAGCAAAUGUAAAUUCCAUCUUGGAUCUAUUGAUUAGACAUCAAAGGAAUUUAUUUAGUAACAUAAUGUAUCAAAAUAAUUUAUAAUAUCACGCAAAAGAAACAAAUGAAAGGUCUUUGAAGAGAUUGAGUCUCUUAAAUUGGAUUGAAGUUAAAAGAAAGUGAAAAGAAACUUUUUGAGAAAAGAAUUUUUAGGCUUUAAAUGGACACAAACUCUUUUUUAAAGGUUCUCAAACAAUGUAGACUGCCCAAAAUUGUAUGAACAAUGUCCACAUAAAAAAAGUAAUUUCAAAAUGAAACCUUAACAUUCUUUUCAUUAUUUUAAAGAAGAGAAGGAAAAUCCUUUUUCCAUUAUCUGCUUCUAAACCGAAAGUAAAAUAUUUUUGAUGUUAGCUCUAUCAAAACGAAGAUGCAUACGCCACAUGAAUUAAUCUAUCAAGCGUAACGAUGUUGAUGUUUCAAAAUAUUGAAUGUAAAACUGUAUGGAAUCUGUGAUUUAGGUCCUAAACAAACAAAACCUUGCUAAAUAAAAGAAAGAAAAAAUAUGUUUGAACUAAACUUUUUUAUUUUAAAAGGUCUUGA